AUGCGCGACCUACCUGGUCCGCUUCCAAUGCGCGACCUACAUGAUCCGCUUCCAAUGCGCGACCUACCUGAUCCGCUUCAAAUGCGCGACCUACCUGGUCCGCUUCCAAUGCUUGACCUUCCUGGUCCGCUUCCAAUGCUUGACCUUUCUUGUCUGCUUCCAAUGCGCGACCUACCUGGUCCGCUUCCAAUGCGCGACCUACCUGGUCCGCUUCCAAUGCGCGACCUUCCUAGUCCGCUUCCCAUGCGCGACCUUCCUGGUCCGCUUCCAAUGCGCGACCUACCUGGUCCGCUUCCAAUGCGCGACCUACCUGGUCCGCUUCCAAUGCGCGACCUUCCUGGUCCGCUUCCAAUGCGCGACCAUAUUGAUCCGCUUUUCUAA